UGUCCUGCGAACGUCCACAAGCUGGACGGCUACCCCUGCGAGGCUGGACAGGGACGCUGCUACAGUGGACGCUGUAAGAACAGGGACGGACAGUGUAAGAGCCUCUGGGGCCACAUGUCAGCAGACCGGUCCUGCUAUGAGAAGCUGAAUGCCGAGGGCACAGAGAAGGGGAACUGCGGACGAGACGGGGCCGGCUGGAUACAGUGCAACAAACAAGACGUGCUGUGUGGGUUCCUGCUCUGUGUGAACCUCACGGGGACGCCUCGCUCCGGGGAGCUGAACGGUGACAUCACCAGCGUCACCCUGUACCAGCAGAACAAGUACCUGGACUGCAGGGGUGCUCAUGCCCUGCUGGACGAUGGCACUGACCUGGGCUACGUGGAAGACGGCACUCCCUGUGGGCCCAACAUGAUGUGCCUGGAGCGCCGCUGCCUCCCUCUCCCCUCCUUCAACCUGAGCAGCUGCCCGGGAAGCAGCGAGGGCAGCAUCUGCUCACAGCACGGGGUGUGCAGUAACGAGGUGAAGUGUAUCUGUGAGAGGGACUGGACAGGGAAGGACUGCAGUGUGUGUACGACCCCCAUCCCUGAGCCCAAGCCUGGGGGGGAGGAAGAGAAGUACAAGGGUCCUAGUGGCACCAAUAUCAUUAUAGGGUCCAUCGCUGGUGCCAUCCUACUGGCUGCUAUAGUCCUCGGAGGGACGGGCUGGGGAUUCAAAAACAUCCGGAGAGGAAGAUCCGGAGGAGGAUAGGACGUCUGGUCCAUACUCGCAGUCUUCCUAGAGUUUUGUUCUUUUACUAAACAACCACAACUAAACUAAACAAAAUCACACAGAGAACGCGUCUUCCUAGGAUUGAUUGGAAGCCUCUAUUCCCCACCUUGCCUGUCUCUAUCUGUCUCGCUCUCUGUCUCUCUCUCUCUCUCUCUCUCUCUCUCUCUGUGGGGGAUGGGGGAACCCCAGAUUGACUCCCCAAACUGGCCACUUAACUGCCAGCUCCUUUUGUAGCAUUACUUCAAGACAAAAGACAAAUACAGAAGUACUAAAAAAAACUUAGACAAACGUAUCCACGACAACCAGUCUAUCAAUUUACAAUCAUAUAGUAAUAGUAAGGGUUAAAUAGGGGGUGGGUGGGGCGGAGCAGGAACAAAAGCAGCACCCUUCACUGGAGCUCAGAUCUGCACAGUCCUGGCAGUCAUGGAACGCUAUAUUGAAGCUUAGAGAUUAGAUAAAGGGGCAUUCAGAACAGAAAACAGGAGGCACUUUUUUACACAGAGAAUUGUGAAGGUCUGAAACCAACUCCCCAGUAAUGUUGUUGAAGCUGACACCCUGGGAUCCUUCAAGAAGCUGCUUGAUGAGAUUCUGGGAUCAAUAAGCUACUAACAACCAAACAAGCAAGAUGGGCUGAAUGGCCUCCUCUCGUUUGGAAACUUUAUGUUCUUAUGUUCUAAGCAGGCCCCGCCCCCACAAUGACACCUCCCCCCACGCAAGCCCCUCCCACACAUGCCCCUCACCACGGAACUCGCAAAUGAAAUUCCUUAACCCCCUGCUGCUGCAAGUAUUUACAGUCGCAUACUUGUUUAGAUCUCUGGAUCAGCCUUCACUGGAAUAACAACAACCUGGAGAUCGAGCCAGGCGCCUCGAAACUGGACGAAGACAUCCUGUCGACGAGGCGUCAAAGGGAGCUUCAAAUCGAGCUGAGUGCCAUGCAGGGAAGACGUGCCUCGGACAGCCUGGUUCGUCACCUUCCACUGGGGCUCCAGCCAGCAGACACGUGCUUUCAGUGAGACUACAGGAGAGGUCUCCUGAGCUGCUUCCAGCUCCCCCUCCUGGGCAGGACUGGGAGUGGGCUGGGGGGCUCCAGGCGAAGCAUUUUUGCAGGACAGAAGGAUAAUUGGCCAGAUCACAACACUGCUUCCUGGAGUGUCGCUGAGACGCACAGACCUUCAUAGUUUAAACACAAGAGGAGAGUUUGUUUUUUUAGGAGAUGGAUUACUGCAGUAUUAAAGUCAUUUGCCCCACAUGCUCCCCCCACCUAUCUCAAAAGAAAUGGUUUAGUGUAUCAUGUCUGAGAGGCUGCCCCCUGGUGGUGAUGUUAUUAACGACUUCUAACCCACGAAAGACUCUGAAGUAUUCUGCAGCGGAGAGCUAUAUCUAAAAGCUGCAUUCUUAACCCUGUAUCAUCCAUUGUGCUAACCUGUUAUUUAUUCGAGAAAUACAGCUGUUUUUAACAAAGGCUA